GAACGCUGCAAAGAAAGAAAAGCCACUUGCAUAAAGUUUUCAGACCUACCCCCACAUUUUGACCUGAAAAUCCAACAGUGAUAGAAGGCUGCCACUCUGGCUCCUUCCAAGAAUAUGGUUUUCAGACCCCGCACAGUCGCUGGGGACAAACGCUGUGUUCAUGGGGGAGGGUGGGCACCUGGCACUCCCCUUCCCACACCUGCCGGCUCUUGUGCGAUGCCCGGGCCCUGCUCUGCCCUGCCCUGGGGUGAACAGGUGCUUCUCGGUGAGCAGAAUCAGAGGGGAGAGGCAGCAAACCGCCCAGGACACGCGUGGGGGCCCCACAGGGAGGCCUAAGAAGCAGCUCAGGUGGCCAGGUCCAGCCCUAGAUGGUCCUGCUCUCCCCUGUAGGCACGUUUACGUGCCUGCAGGCCAGGCCAAGCCGCAGACCCAAGAUGCUCAGGGGGAGCCAGGUGUGACCGCAGUGCUCCUCAGUCCUGAGCCCUGGCUGCUCAUUUGAGCGGGGCCUCUCCCCUGGGCCCUCCAUCUCCAUGUUUGGGGCUGGGUGAUUCCGUGCUGGGGCUGUCAGGUGCACUGUAGGGCACCCCGCAGCAUCCCUGGCCUCCUCCAUCGUGACAACCAAACGCCUCGACGCAGCCAGUGUCCCUGAGGGCAGUCACUCGUGGAGAACCAGUGCAGUACCUGCACCUCCAUGCCCCAAACAGGGUGCUGAGCCCUGGGGACACAGCGGUGAACAAGUGGCAGGGUUUCAGUCCUGCGCAGGUUACAGCACGGAGCAUCCCCAACGUGGGCUCAGGUGGCCUCCCCUUGACCCUCAGCGUCGCAUCAGGGUGUAGUCUAUCCCCAGUGCAGUAAAGGGUCAAGGCCGAGAUGGAAGUGGGCACAGGUGGAUCUGUGGCGCCUCGCUUGGGUGACGGCUGGCCCGGCGCCUGCAGGGCCGGGAUGGCAGGUGAGGCGCUGUGUCCUCACCCGUCUCCUUCUCUAACUGGGGGGAUAUCACUCCCAGAACCUCAGCUGGGGCCCAGGACCCAGGUCUUGGCAAUGCUCCAGAGUCGUGGCUCCUUCCCAGUACUGGGGCCACCUCACCUCAUGCAUUUCCUCUGGCUCCUUGUGGUCAGGAGGUGGCGAUGGCUGUUGUGCAGCACUGUCUGCCACUCGGGCCAGUGGGAUGGCUCCCCAUGGGGUGAGAGUGGGGGCGUGAGGCUCAGGGCCACCAGGAAGCUUAGCAGGAGCGAGAUGCCUGCCCAGCCCUGGCAUGCUGGACUAUGAUCUCUGGGGACAGAGUUUGAGCAUUCAUGGUUUUGCCAACUCCCCAAAGGAUUCUGCUGCUGCAUAACAAACCUCUCCUUUUCUAGCAUCUCUUGGGAAGAGGAUUCCUGAGAAAGUCCCUCACGGAACUUUUUAAACAAGUAGCUGUCCUUUGCACUUUAGUGAGAAAGGGUUGAGCUGUCUUUUUUUUUUUCUUGGUUAGGUUUUUGAGGUAUAAUUUGUGUUUUUAGUGUGUGUACAUUUCUUUGAGUUGACCAGUACAUACAGCUGUGAACAAGCACCUUAAUCAAGAUAUAGAAUGUUCCGUCACCCUCAAAAUCCCUGAUGCUGCCCCUUCAUGGCUGUCAUCCGCCCCCCAGCCACCCCUGAUCUGUUCUCCAUCCCUAUAGUUUUGCUUUUUCUGGAAUGUCAAAUAAACGGAAUAGUACAGUAUGUAGCUUUUUUAGUCUGGCUUCUUUCAUUCAGCAGUGCUUCUCAGCCUUCUUUUUCAUUAUCAUCUCCCUCUAAGGAGUCUUUUUAGACUUUUUUUUCCUAAUACUUUCCAUGAAAUUUUAGUACCACAGGUACACUGUUGAUAUGUACUGUGUGCAUUUGUGUGGGUCUGUGCGCAUGUGCACACGUGUGUGCUUGUAUUCACACAGGCACAGAUCACACAGUGCCCUGUGGAUAGAGUGAGGACCAGGGCUUGCCCUCUGAGCCCCCUGGGAGCCCCUAGACUUCUGAGCAGGCUCAGGAGAUGGCUCGGCUGCCCUGUUGAGAUGGGUUGUAAGCGAGGAAGGCGCAGGUGGGAGGUCCCCGCAGGAGGCUGCUGCAGGGGUUCUGUUAGAAUUGACAUGGCCUGGGAAGUGACCAGAGCCUGAGUGAGGAGUCAUGGACGACUAGACUGGGGUGGGGGGAACAAAAGAGAAGAGCUGGGCCUUAGAGCUGAUUCUGCUCUGGCCUCUGUGUGCACUGGCCCAAACGGUGGCUAGGGGGCUCCACCUGCUAGUGGCUCAGGCCUGAAGCCCACCUCACAGAGCUGCUGUGACCACUCAGUGGACAAGAGGUGUGCGGAUGCUGGCUCAGACGGUAGAGAAGGGAGCCCUGAGCCCUGAGCGGACGGGCAGGCCGGCCCUUCUGCAGGCAAGUCGUCCAGAGAGCCACUGUGCGCACCCCCAUGGACCAGGCCUGGGAGGCCGGCGAGGACCUACACCCAAUUCCUGUCCUUCUUAGGCUCCCUGCAGGAUCCCAGACUGGGAGCUGACCCCGGAGGCUGCCUGAGCCUGGUGGAUGGCCUUGUCGCCAUGGAGCUUCUCCCGUUGCCAACGUUCCACAGUUCUAUUGGAAGCCAGCUUUCCCAGGGCGCACCAGCGCAGCACACAGGCAUGGAAGCCCUCUUGUCCUAGAGGACGCUUCGGGGAUCUCAGGGAAAGCACUAGGAUGUGGGUGCUGGGUGCCCUGGGGGGCGGGGCUGAGAUGGUGACAGGCAUUUGGAAAUGAACAGACACUCCCAGAGCCUGGCUGGCUGGCUUGGGCAGAGCCCUUUCGUAGGACUCUGACGAUGGUGAGGAUGACAGUGACAAUGGCACUGUGUUCCCUGGCAGAUCGCAAGACACAGUGAAGAAGGGAAGAGAGGCCAAGAUGCUGAUGUUACACAGCUUAUGGAAGAGGGAACGCUAGAAUGUCACUGUCGGAGAGGUGGGGAGCAUAAGGGCAAGAAUGAAGCCUGUGACCCCAGGAGGUAAAGGGGACCGAGGCCCCGGCUGGCGCGCCCUGCGGCCCCGCAGGCCCACCCGUCGGAAAUGGAAGAGCACAUUUCAAACCUUUAGGAAAGAAGUGUGUCUCACAGAUCGUGUGAUGUGCCCUGUCCCCAGCACUAUUCUCCAAGAGGCCGUCUGCUGUGAGUGCCAGACCAAAUUCGGGGGCCGUCUGCCGGUGCCCAGGGCUGAGGCGGUGCUGCCUUACUGGGUCCCUCUGUCCCUGAGACCCCGAAAGCAGAUCCAAAAGAUGGUGCAGUUUUGUAUCCCCAAAACCACCAAGUCGUGCCUCUGCCUGUGCCACCACUUUGGGGGCCGCCUCCCAGUGCCUAGGGAUCAGGCUGCGAUGCCCUACUGGGUGCCCCAGGCCCUGAGAUCUCCCAAGAAGGUGGUGAGAAGGCAGCAGAGUUUUCAAGGCGUCCAAGAAACCCUCCUGGACUUGUGCUUCCGGUACAACCGCUGGCGGAUCUGCUGCGACAGGCACGUCCUCCUCAAGUGGCAGCACCUGCAGGCCCUUUACCAGGAUGAGCCGAUGGCCCUGGGGAGGGGAGGAAGCCCCCCAGCCUCUCUGCUGCCUCUCCUGCCCCUCAGCCUCAGCCUCCUGACUCUCCUCCAGGCCGUCCUGAGGGUCAUGGUGGCCAUUCGCGAGUUUUUCUGAGUUUGAAGCUGGAAUCUUCAGCUCCUGUCGAGAACAUCAACAAAGCCGUCAGUCACAAUUGAGGUCUUUCCCGGAAGCCGUCAGAUCAGGAGGAUCUGUGACAGCCACUGUUGUCUAAGAUCAGGUUAACAGCCGAGAUCCAAUCUGAAUUCUUUAUCAUCGGGUGACUCUUGGUUGUAGCGGAGCUGCUGUGAAUGCGGGUGAGAUUCUGGGGGGAGUGUGGUCAAUAAAUGUUAUUUGUGAAACUCUAAGCUGGCCACGUUUUUAAAGAUAACCUCUGAUUUUCCUUUGUGGGGGAAGGCCUUGCUCUCUACCUCUGGUGCCUGUGGAGGGGCUGAUCCUCGGUUUCUCUUUCCUCUGCGAGGACGGCAGACCCACUGCGCAAGGUCCUGAAAUGGUUUUAGCAGCUGUGUCAGGGGGUCUCACUUUAAGUAGCAUAGAAUUGUACGUGAGUGAGGUUUUUAAGUUGAGAUGUCACUCACAUACCAUAAAAUUCACCUUUCGAAAGUGUAUGAUUCAGCGGUUUUUACUAUAUUUGCAAGGUUGUGCAACCAUCACCACUGUCUAAUUCUAGACGUUUUCUGUCGCCUCCUAAAGAAACCCUGAACCUGUUAAGCAGUCACUCCUCCUUGCCUUCUCCCUCAGCCCCUGGAAACCACUAACCUACUUUCUGACUUUUCCUAUUCUGGACAUUUCGUCUAAAUGUAGUCCUAUCAUCCAUGGUCUUUUGUGUCUGGCUUCUUUCACUUAGCACCAUGUUUUCAAGGUUCACCCCUACUAUAGCGUGUCUCAGUGCUUCACUCCUUUUCAUGGCUGAGUAAUAUUCCACGAUAUGGCUGGACCAUGUUGUGUUUAUCCAUCAUCAGUUGGCAGACCUUUUGGUGGUUUCCACUUUUUGGCUAUUGUGACUAGUGCUGCUUUGAUCAUUUGUGUAUGAGUUUGUAUGUGGGCGUGCUUUCAUUUCUCUCAGGAAUGUACGUAGCAAUGCUGGGUCAUAUGGCAGCUCUGUUGAACACUGUGAGGAGCUGCCUCAGCGUUCCACAGUGGAAAACUGCCCAUUUUGGAUUUUCUAUCCCCAAGGCCUGAGGGUUAGAAUUUCUCCACAGUCUCGCGAACCCUUGUUAUCUGAUGUUUUGAUUGUAGCCAUCUUUGUGGAUGUGAAGUGGUAUCUCGUUGUGGUUUUGAUUUGUAUUUCCCUAAAGACUAAUGACAUUGAACAUCUUUCCUUGUGCUUAUUGGCUAUUUGUAGAUCUUCUUUGGAGAAAUGUCUGUUUAAACCCAUUGCCUAUAUUUCAAUCGGAUUAUCUAUUUGUUAUUGUUGUUGAGUUUGUGUUCUGUGUAUAUUCUGGAUACUAGAUCCUUAUCAGAUAGAUCAUUUGUAAAUAUGUUCUCCUGUU